CUUGCAGUAUACUCACGGACAGUUUUCCAAAUGUGUUAUUUCGACAGAUAAUGGAUCCGAGAAUGUGUAGAAAAAUCAGCAGUAGUGAAAGUCUUCCAGAUGCAGAUACUGUGGAGUUCGAAGUAUCAAACAUCAUUGCACCAUUGGAGAGCGACGAGAACCUGCUGAUGGACGGAAGUCCAGAACCGCACUCGGUCACCUGGUUGGAUGAUGACCAAAUCGAGGAUCUCGACCAGACUAUUCCCUUCUUUCAGAGGGUUGAUAGUGCCGAUAUCAUAUACAAGAGCAAGAAAAAAAAAUGCAAAAUGAUAGGAAAAUAUGUAAUGGGAGAUGUAUUAGGCGAAGGUUCAUAUGGUAAAGUUAAAGAAAUGCUUGACUCGUUAACCCUAUGUAGGCGUGCGGUCAAAAUUCUUAAAAAGAGGAAACUGAGAAGAAUACCAAAUGGUGAACAAAAUGUGCAGAGAGAGAUACAAUUACUGCGAAUACUUAGACAUAAAAAUGUGAUAGAACUAGUCGACGUUAUGUAUAAUGAUGAGAAACAAAAAAUGUAUCUAGUUAUGGAAUUUUGUGUUGGAGUACUUCAGGAUAUGUUAGAAGCAAGUCCAGGGAAAAAGUUCCCGCAGCGGCAAGCUCACGACUACUUCAUUCAACUGCUGGACGGGUUGGAAUAUCUGCAUGGUCAAGGCGUGGUGCAUAAGGAUAUUAAGCCUGGGAACCUUCUACUUACACUAGAUCAAACACUUAAAAUAACUGACUUUGGAGUUGCUGAGGCAUUAGACAUGUUUUCUCCUGAAGACACAUGCUAUACAGGACAGGGAUCCCCAGCAUUUCAACCUCCAGAAAUAGCAAAUGGUGCUGAACAGUUCUCCGGAACCAAAGUUGACAUUUGGAGCAGUGGAGUCACAUUGUACAACAUGACCACGGGGCGGUAUCCAUUCGAGGGCGACAACGUGUACAGGCUACUGGAAGCAAUAGGACGAGGCGAGCCGGCGCCGCCGCCUACCACAUUGGGGCCAACUCUCGGGGCGCUGUUAUCAAACAUGCUUAAACGCGACCCCGAGUUGCGGCCCAACGUACAGGAGAUCAGACGACAUGCAUGGGUGCAAGCCACGCCUGCGCUGGAGCCGAAUGAGAAGUUAGUGAUGGUGCGAUCGCGACGUUCGGAUGAAUUCCACAACUCCACCGUCAUCCCUUACCUCGUAGAACGGCAUUACGGGUCGACACACGAGUACUUCACCGAAAGAGAUCUUAGAAAUGAAUUAGGUGAUGGAGGAUCUCGAACACUAUCGACGGCGGAGUUGUCCGAUGCCGAGUCGACGCGGCGCAAACGCCGGUGGCACUCGUCGUGCGGGCGCUUGCCGUCGUGCCGGCUCACGUGAUGUCGCCUCGUCUCGCUUCUGUCAUUCAUCAUCCCUCGCUACUCGAAUCCGCACUGCGACAUUUUAAACUAUAAACUUGUCGAAUAGCUCUCAUUAAAUGGUUAAGGUUGUGUAGGACCCAUUGAAAAACAUGUUGUUCGACUGGGAGAGACCGUUUCAAGUCAAACGAACGACUAUAUUAUCCGCUGACUCUUAGAUCUCUUUUCAUUCUUAUGGUUAAGAAAUAUUCAUUGCUCACUUGCACCAACUUACUGUUAUAGACAUUCGUAUGUAAAGUAGGGUAGGCCGUUACGCUAAGAAAUUCGCAAAUAAGAACUUGUGAUCUAUGCUCGUCUCCCAAUAUAUUCGAUAAUGUAACAAGUUUAUGGAACUAAUUCCUUGAGCAAAAAAAAGUUAGCAUGUAACUAUUUACGAAGUCUAUGUAUCUGAACAAAACCCUGAAAGUGUCGCAGUGCUUACUAAACUUAAUUAGCAAUUUGUUUUAUCUCCUGUCAUUGUUAAUUACGCUAUUAAUGCUUUGGUGUUGCCGUCGUUUAUAUCGGUUUGUUUUCUUCUGUAGUUGCUACCAAUGUGUUGUAAAUGGCAAAUAUGGGGUUAUUUUAAGACAACUUUUUAUUGAGUAGUUUAUUUUGCUGCCAAUUGAACAAAGGUUAAAGUCGAAAUAAGCUGGAGUAUAAUGGAUAAAACAUUGUUUAGUAUAUAAUUAUAUUAUCGACUAGUGGUAGUGAGUUAGUUUUACGAUAAACUACACUUCUACACUUCAACUGUGUAAUUAAAAAUAGCCCCAUAUUACUCGGUCUUUAGUUAACUUAAGAGUCUUAGCUGUUUAGGUUACGGUUUAUCUCUUUGUAAAUGUUGUUUGACGAUAAACUUCCUAGUGAACAAAAUUUUCGAAUGGAAUAAUUGAUUAUUUGUUGUUGUAUGUGUAACACAGACAUGACAAUAUAUAACAAAGUUGCAAUUCAAAAGUGUGAUUAUUAGACAUAAUAAUAAAGUAUUUAGGUGGUUCAGCUGCAGUGGUACGUUUGUCAAUAUUUUGCUAUUAUCAUGCAACGCUAAUUCCAGCCUUCAAAUGAUCCAUUGUACAAUGUUUAGACCAAAAUUAAAAAAAUAUAUCUAACUUACACUAUAAUAUUACUUAGAGUCGCCUCAAAUUGCCUCAAAUAUUGGAAGUGAAGCGGCGCCUGGCGGCGCAGCUUGCUGCAUCUUUUUUUUCGUUUUUGGUUUGCCUUAUCGUUUAGAAGAUAAAGUUUAUGUGGCAUAAGUCGUUGUAAUGCAUCGUAGCGUCGGAGACCGGCUGUGGCAAUGUGAGGCAACUCUGUACUUGAGAACUGAUCAAGAAGAUUCUCUAUGCGCUGAUUACAUUGAUUUCGAGUUUUUGUUGAUUUUUUCGAAACUAUUUCUAGCACUCACAACAUUGAUUUAAGUCAAUAGUUGAUUAAUUGCGUAAGGGCCUUUAAAUUAGACGCUUAUAGAAGCGCUGCAGCCGCGUCAUUAUUAAUUUUCAUACAAUAUUUUUUUUAUGAUACCAAGUGACGGGACGUACAAGCCGUGGGCGUGGUGGUACGCCA